CUGGCUGUGUUGAGGGGAGGGUGGCCGCCUCGCCGUCCCGGACCGUAAACUCGUACUUCUCAGUGAAAUUCGAGUUAUUCACGGAUUUAAAAGAUAAACUAAAAUCCAGAUGAAUUAUACACCUAACGUCUCGUGACUGCAGAAAAGCUCAGGGACAUCACGAAGGUUUAUUAGUGAGAAAUUAAACAGAAUUAAGUCUUAGAGUUUGGUGGUACCAGAGAUUGAGGUGAAUACUCGCUAGUUUUUGUUCUCGAAGUGGAAGGCGGCCUCAUCCACACCUGCCAAUUAUACAGAUAACAGACUACAGGUGUCAGUUGGGGCAGGAUACAGUGCACCAGACACACAGAUAAAGAACCCACGAGCGCUGGAGGAGUGGCAGACAGCACUAUAGACAGAUUUCUUCCAAGUUUACUGGCAGUGAGAAGGUCCUGCUACUUGUUGAGGUUGGGAGCAGCAAGGAGCUAUGUGACGAUGGCCAGACUGAGCCAUGGCCCUUACAAGCCUCUUCCUUCUUUCUUCUUCUGGUUCUGUGAGUAAGAAGAUAACGAGCAGUAAACCUUCUACGCCUCUAAUAACUCAUCGGACGUCAUCACUUCUAGAGAACUUCUUAACCAAUCACCAAACACGGACUCUCAACUCCUUGGCCAGUGGGCAGAUACAAUUGGACGUGACGUCAUCACCGCUUGAUAUCAUCCUAGCCAAUCAGCGGUCAAACCCUUAACGUCUCGCCCAAUCAGUAGCUGCAGGAUGGGUAAUCAAAACAGUAGUAGGGCGGGUCUGUCCCAGCCGCCCCUGACCUGGACUCAGAGUUUCCCCAGAGAAAACAAACGUCUCAAGAGAUAUGGAGCCACUUCUGAUACUAAGGUGUUGCCCCAGAGGAUCCCCGGUCAGCGUCUGCGGCCCACAGAGAACGGUCACAUCCUACAGACGAAGGGCACCCUCUCAGCCAGACGAAUGGCAGAAUUCCACGCCCCACAUCAUCCAGCCUUCCCGCCGCCCAUCGUCCUCAACCAGCAGCAUCACGCCCUGCACCAGCCACACUCAGCCUCAAUGACCGCCCUCCACUACCCACACUUCCACGACGAGCGCGCAGCCUCCAUUCAUGACCUCAGGUUUGGUCGUCCACCGUCAAAGAAUUAUGCCAGUGAACCAGACUUAAGAGGACCGUCCCCUCCUACGGCUGUUCCUAGUCCACCGCCUCACACAAUCAUCAGUCAGUCGCCGACGAAGGGCAGAAUCAAGUCAAAGAAGAAAUACAAGGCGCCUCCAGUCCCUCCGGCAGGGAUGAUAGACUCCCAUUCACUGCCUCGCGGUGCCGAGAGGUCUCACUCUCUGAGCGAUAUGACACCUCAGGCGUCCCACAGCCAGUGGCCCACCCCCUGUGUCGUUCACUUUGCUGAUCAACCUCAGAGACACAUGGUGAGCAGCCCUAAGCCUCAAAAACCCAAAUCACGUAAAAUUGGUCUCUUCCGUAAAAAGAAUGAGUCUCGACGUCCCAAAGGAGGAGAAGAACAUCGCAGCUCAGGGGAAGAGCAAGAGAGAGGCCGGGCAGCCAGUGAGGACAGACGUGCAGUCGUCACGCCAACUCGCAGCUCACCCCGAGAUGAGCUUCGCGAGCGUGCUAGGAGUCUGGACUGCCUGCAACAUGAGCUUCGCCACUCCCCCGUGUCUUCUUCAGUGCCAGUUGCAGCUUCAAGCCUGACUCACCUCCACCAGCCUCAAGAACAACGCCUCUGGGCAACUCUCGACAGAGACUCCAAACGCUCAAGUACACACGAGGUUGACUCGAAGCGAAGCAGCACGAUAGAACGUGAGUCUCGGAGGUCAGGUAAAGACUCAAAGAGAAUCAGUACACUUGAAAGGGAUCAGCAGAAGAGUCACCGCAGGAUGAGCACACUGGAGAGGAAGGUGGAGGAGAGGAAGAGCUGGACAGGAGACGGGCGUGACAACUCCACCCCCUCCUCUACCAGUCGCGUCUCCCGCCUCGACUCUUACCGGGAAAACACUUCACACCGCCGCUCGUCCUCAAGCGGGUCUCAUCACGAACUAAUUGCAGAGGAAGUAGAGAGACGGGAUAUUGAUGACGAGUGGGAUCAAGCCGCAGCAAAAAUUAGUAAUGAGAAGAAGAAGGGAAGGGAGAAGGCUACUGGUGAUGAAUGGGACACUGUAGAAGAACAGGUAACGGAGCGUAAGAAAAUGUCCGCAAACCUUCAGGCAGAACUCAUCAACACUGUAAAGAACCUGAGAAAGACAUCUACUGAACAAGAACCCAAGACGUCCUCACUAACACGGAAGGGAAGAGAAAGUGAAAAGCGACCAUCUAAGCCUAAGCCCACCACACAACCAUCCAGUAGCCCUGCAGUGGUAGUUGACCAAAAUGAGUCGCAGCGCAAAACCUUCUUCUUCGGGAUGGAACCAGAGAUGCCCCGAGAACCCCGCAGUGAGACCAAUACAGGUCUUCACAAAAUCAAAAACCAAGAAGAAGCGGCCAAGACCAGAAAUCGUGAGGAAGUUUUCAUCACUGGCCAGACUGUCGAAUACUCACGUCGAACUCUGGAACGUAAUGAGAAGAGCCGCAGCCGCAGUACCCGCAAAGAGAAUCAGAAGGUAACCGAACCUCAGCGCAAAACCGUUGAUGAAACUGACGGUCGUAAUGGUGGAGGUCACAGUGAUCAUCGCAAGUUGUCUCGGGACGUAGAAGAGUUUGCAGUCGCUAUUGAACGCCACAAGAUGAGUCGAGCCGACGGCGACAGAUCAGCAAGUGGGUCAUCUCGACGUGAGGAUGGAGGCUACCACUCUAGACAGAACUCCGGGAGUCUUUAUCUGGACAAUGAGAACGACGUGAGGGUUGAGGGUGAACUGUGCAUGAACUUAAGACCGACUCUACCACGUCGACAGUUUGAAAUUCCCAGAUUUAGUCCAAACGCUGCCUGGCGUUCCUUGAGCCUCGAGCGUGCUAGCAGACACCCAGAAGCUCUAGACGAGACACGCAGCAGUGAGGAGCCAGACUCAGUGUACGAGGCAAGAAUACAGCGGUUCACUCGGCCUACAGCUCCUCCCAGAGGCUCCGGUGAAAAGUCCGCCGACUCGGGCAUCUCAGGAGAUGCCGGCAGCCCUGGACCCACACACGAGUUUGAGCCUCUGAUGGCCACAGAGAAGACCAAAGGCUCUUCGGGACCACUGGCAGCGUCCUCACCUGUAGUUUCUGGUCUCCCUGAAGUCCGACGUGCUUGGACUCCUGCCCAAGACCUGGAUGACAAUAGUCUUGACAGCCACGGUGAACACCACACCGCCCUGCCCGAGGGACUCUCCACACCUCCCAAACUCACAUCACGCUCUAACAUGUUCCCGAAGUCACAGGAACUGACACCAGAAACUGAAGCCGAAUCCCCGACUGAAACAGAAACUGUUUCAGAACUCGUGUCUCCGGACAAGAAAGAUCGCUGGUCAAGGCGCAAGAAGCGAAAUCCUGCUGACAUCAUUCCUCAUAAGUUCAACAGUCUCCGUAAACUUAAACGGUCCGUCUCUGGUGCCAUCACUGGUCUGGGCCGCAAGAGUCCUGGUGCGGAAGAUUACCUUCAAAGCGGAACACUUGAUGAGCCUCAAACCCAACCUCAAGGAGACGACACCAACUGGCGCGACAACUGGUCCAUGUCUCGCUCCAUCCCUAACUCGCUCAACACGUGUGAAGAACAUGACACGGGCAGCAACCUCUCCAGUAACCGCAACACCAGAAGUAGAUCUGAGUCUCGUCUGGCAGUCGGAGGUGGUGACGCCUCACCGGAGGACUCGCGGCCUCGCACCCCGUCUUACCUCCAGCAUGGUAACUCUGGCCACAUAAUGUAUCUCCCAGAGUACAAUUCGCGGAGGAUGAGCCGUGGGGAGGCAGGUAGUGAGGAUGAGUCUGACCGACGUCACAGCAGCACUUCACAACACUACGACCGCCACCACAACCUCCGACACUCCGACAGGCCGAUGACGCCCGAUCACGAACGCAAACCUCCGUCAGGUGACGAGGACCCAGCACAGCCAGAGACUUACCAUGGGCCCACUUCCCUCCCUACCUCCCUCCCACACUCCCAUCCCGCCCUAGCCUCCUCCAAGAAGGCCAAGGGUAAGAAGUUUUCCUACCAGAGCACCGUCAGGGUUCUGGAGAAGAGAAAACUUGAGGAGAAGCUGACCAGGGAGGUCGCCGAGAAGGAGAAGCUGAGGCUGAAGGAGAUAGAAGCCAUGAAGAGGGUUGAAGAAGAAUUCCAGAGGAAGAGGGAGAGAGAGAAGAGGAAGGUGAAACAGGAGCUGAAGUUGCUCCAAAUGCAGCAGCAGCAGCAGCAGCAGCAGCAGCACACCAGCAGAGACACACACAACCACUCCUAUUCCAGUGACGACCACGCCCCCUCGUCCUACUCCUCAGAGCAGAACGAGGUGUCUAGCCAGGCCUCGUCCCAGCCACCGCCUCUACCUCGCUCCCCGGCCCCACAGCAGGUGUAUCCCUCCUUCACCUCCCUUCCUCCUGAGUUACCUUCAGACGCUUCCCCUGGUCUGCUCUCCGGACUCAAGAGUUGGGUGCGGAACAGGAAGGAAAGUCGGUCGUCCACCUCCUCCACUACCCUCACCUCCGCCCCGAGACAGGACCCUGACGGAGCUCCAGCUUCCUCCCCGAGGAAAAUCAGCGAUGACUACAGUGGUUCCAGCAGCAGUUCAUCGCGGAAAAGCAGCACUGACCACAGUGACCAGUUGAAACAAGGCUUCCGGGCUGAGAUUAUCGCUGCUUCUAGAAAGCGCAACGCGAAUAAUCCGGUCAUCGUCCACGAGAGUCCACCACCCAAGCACAACAACCAGAAAAGGUCUAUAUACAACCACCUGAACGAGGUUGUUGAACGUGAGGCGCAGCGGUCACAACGCCAGCAGAGUUACCAGCAAGAAAUGAAUUACUCACACCGCCAGAAACUCAGUAGUAAACACAUCCAGAAGGACAACCUACGCCGGUCUCAGUCCCCGGAUGUCCGUCGACUGAUGCAGGAACUACCGGAGCUGCAUCAGGAGCGGCGGGAGUACCGGGAGUACCGCAGUCCCUCACGCCACUCCCGUCACUCACACUCCCCGCCUGCCCGCACCACCAGCAGUCCCCCAGCUUCAAUAUCUCCCAACAAGAGCCUUAACAACUACCGACGUGACUUCUGCCACGGCAACGCCCAGGUGGCGGGCCCCACUGUGGUGUCUGUCAAGGUCAAGCGUAACGACGAGAGUGACCGCUAUUCCAAACACUCGAGUGAUGAUCGAAGGUCGGUGGGCAGCAGCGGCGUGCACCGCAGCGCCUCUGUCGACCUCCUGGAGACCGGGUCGUGUUCCUCCUCCUCCACAGCUCGGCACCACCAGUCCUCCCACCACCUCGCUGACGCCUCCCUCAGUCAUAACUAUGGCAGGAUGAACGGCUACCCACCUGUCGACAGCAGCCCAGCCCGGUUUGCUCACAGUAUCCUGACUCCUUUCAGCCCUGUUAAAGGAUAUAGACCUGUAUCCUUCAGUCCCCCUCCUCCAACUAAAAUAUUGCCCGUAAACUAGGUCUUGUAGAUAGGAAGACAAAGAUAUUAUUAUACAUACAACGAAUUUAGUUAAGGAUAUGCUCGAAUGAAUAGAAAAUUAAGCCCCACGUCUUACAUUAAAGAAAACGGUCUCAGCUAGAGUGAAUGUGAAGCAGUGACUAAAGAAAAAGUUUGGAUCACUGGCUGGUGUAGUUGUGUAAGGUUGUUAAGAGUUUAUUUCUUAAAUGAUAACUAAUGGAGUGAGAAGAAUGGAUUCAGUGUGCCAAAAUAUAUAAAAAGGAGAGUUUGUUAACACGAAUGAGGUGGUGGUUACUGUUUGUAGGAGUCCAAGAUGGCUGACAUAUAGUAUAGGGGGGAACGUUAAUGGUGCAGAAUGUUUAUAUACUCACACAGUAUUAGCUUUAUAACAGAACAUAAUAACCCUUAUGUUCUCCUCAUGUAAAGCUGAUUUUUGAAGGUUAUGAGCUUUAAUGUUUCCGUCCUGUGAGGGAAAGACAGAGGCAAUAGACUCUGUUAAAUAUGUGUGUGUGUGUGUGUGUGUGUGUGUGUGUGUGUGUGUGUGUGUUUCAUCAGUGUGGAUGCCUCUGUGUGAAGUAUAGUUAUUCAGUUUAUAAGUAAAUAAAGAUUGUUUUAUGUAAGUAAUAUUGUCUGUGUAUAAUAACAAAAUUGGAAUAUAUAUACACCAUAAAGAUUAUAGAGACACAAGUUAACAAAACAUUAUGUAAAUGUUGGUGUAACAUCCUCCAGUGAGAGGAUGGCCGUGUUGCCCUACACUGACAGGAGGGAGACGUACCACAACCUUAGAUUCUUCCCAGAUAGAACAGAAAACAGCGCCAGAGAAGGCAAUCGUCAGCGCCUGGCGUUUCCUUCCAACCCGUAAGGAUAAGCUUAUGGACGCUGCAAUAUAUGAACGCCAGGUCGUUUUAUGCCGGGAUGGGAGCACAAGUGACCGCCACAGUGUCUCCCAGCCAGUGUGUUGCUUCACGCCGGCCCGGGGGACACUGAACACACUGGUACUCAACACGGUUCAUAUAUACAGUACAGUGGGUCUCUACAGUAUAGUUAUAUUUGCUGUUUGUUCAAAUAACUAGUUCUUAAGGUUAACCGAGAGAUACUUGUUUAUAUUAGUGUAAUAAAGGUAAAUCAUAAGGGCAGGUAACGAUAACAUCAUAGAAAACGGAAGUAUUAUGGGUAACUCGCCCUGAAUGUAUGUUAGCUAGUGGUUAUGUCCCCCGCGGCUAUACUCAUCUGUUAUAUGAAUUACAGUGAAGUAAAUCAACUGAUGAUAUCACGUGCAAUAUUAAUGGUAAUAUCAAGUAAACAAUGAAAUUCAGACGCAUCAUACAAUAGAUUAAGAACUGUUUUAGAGACUACACUUACUAACGUUCAUUCACACUAUCAAACACCUUGUAAUUUAAGGACAUAUAAAUAACUUCACAAAAUUUCACUGCUCAAUAACUCGUACAAUUAUCACACGCCAAAAAGGAUCCCUAAUGACUAGCCAAUCCACAUGCAGGGUGAGAUAACCAAUGAGUGUUUAGAACCGAAACUCUUCACCAAUAGAGGCGUUUGAUGGUAGUAACGCUCUUAGUGAACUUGAUGCUAGUGGGCGUCUGUUAACAUAUCAACCAUACCUUGUACAUUAUCUUAAUAAGGUUCUGCUCACAGUAAUAUUUUGUCCCGGAGAAAUAUUUUAGGAUCGUGUAUGACCGAGCAGAACGUUUGUACAUUUUUACUGUAAAUAAUAAUGUUUUUUUUUUGUAUUAAACAAAUCCUAACAGUUGCUUCAGAUAUUCUUAUUAACAAAAUAAAGUUUAUUUGAGAUGAA